AUGGCUGCCCUCAUCGCUGAGAACUUUCGCUUCCUCUCCUUGUUCUUCAAGAGCAAAGAUGUAAUGAUCUUCAACGGUUUGGUAGCCCUGGGCACAGUGGGCAGCGAGGAGCUCUUUUCAGUCGUCGCCUUCAACUGCCCCUGCUCCCCUGCCCGCAACUACAUCUACGGGCUGGCUGCCAUUGGCGUCCCAGCCCUGGCUCUCUUCCUUAUCGGUGUCAUCUGGAACAACCACACCUGGAACCUGGUGGCCGAGUGCCACAAGCGUGGCAUCAAGAAUUUCUCUGCUGCUGCCACCUUCCUCCUCUUCGGCUCCAUCAUGGGCAGGGCGGCUGUGGCACCUGUCACCUGGUCGGUCAUCUCGCUGCUGCGCGGGGAGGCUUACAUCUGCGCCCUCAGCGAGUUCGUCAGGCCAUCCUCCCUCGACAAGUUCCCGGCUGAUUACGGGGCCGAGGUGCUGGCCAGGUUUCCCUGUAAAGAUGUGCCAGCAAACCUCACCAAGUUCAGAGAUGAGGUGACACGGAGGCUGAGAUAUGAGUCCCAGCUCUUUGGCUGGCUACUUAUCGGCAUCGUCGCAGUCCUGGUUUUUCUCACCAAGUGCCUGAAGCACUGCUGCUCUCCACUCAGCUACCGUCAGGAGGCUUACUGGGCCCAGUACCGCUCCAACGAGGACAAGCUCUUCCGACGCACAGCUGAGGUCCACUCCAGGAUCCUGGCAGCCAAGAACGUGAAGCAAUUCUUCGGCUUUGUGGCACUUGACAAGGAAGAGAAGGAGCUGGUGCAGGAGUUCCCAGUGGAGGGUGUCCAGCCGAGCCCCCAGUGGAACGCCAUCACAGGAGUCUACAUCUACCGAGAGAACAAGGGCUUCCCCCUCUACAGCCGGCUCCACAAAUGGGCCAAAGGGGUGGAAGGGAAUGGGCCAAGCCCAGACGGCCACGAAAUGCUCUUUUUGGCUUCCUAAGACAGAAGGAUGCUGUGAGCAGUUCCCCAGACUGUCUGGCAGGCCUAUCGGUGUCAGUGCGCAGCUGAGGGAUUCACUGGGAAUAUCCCUCUCGGCAGGAUUACUUCUCUCAGUGGGUAAAACAGGAUCAGC